AUGAUUGCUUCGUCGUGGCAUCAACCUGCGUGUUCUUCCGUGAGAUCAAUUUGUCUCCAUGAGUCAAGUAGCGACGGAAAAGAAUCAAGGGAAGAAGAAAUAGACGACAUUGAAGCUGGGAAGCCCCAAGACGAAGAUAAAUCUCUGUCACGCACAGCACGCUUGCGGAAGAAACUCUUUCCACCGAAGGAAGACGAUGGUUUGACCUUCAAGCAAAAACUUUCCAAAGCUGGCCUAUCGGUUAUGUUAUCAUAUGGAUGGGUUUCAAAUGUGUCAUAUUCAAUCACUGUAUCUUUGGCUUGGUUCAUUUUCAGCAAGCAAACUGGCUUGUCACCUUUGGCCCCACAGCAGUGGAAGAAAUUCCUGGCUGUUUAUUCAGGUUUCUACGUAUUCAACAACAUUGUCCGUCCCAUCAGACUGGGUAUUUCUGUCGGUGUUUCGCUCUAUUUCGAACGGUUAGUCAAGACCAUACAAGAGCUACUACGAGUGAAGAAGGGAGUGGCCAUCUUCAUUACAGUUUUUCUAGCCAACGUUGUUGGAACCAUUGCCCUCAUGUGUCUUGGAAUCUGGCUAGCAUCCAUGGCCGCUGGGGUCCCCGUAUUUGCUAAAUAA